AUGGUGUUUUGAGCAGGCAUGCGCACUUUGCUCCUGUUCUUCUUCCAAGUUGAUAGGUAUGGUGGGUGACGCGCGCCUUGCGGUUGUUGGGUUAUAACUUUGGAGACUAUUUAACGUUUUAUAAGAUUGACAUCGGUGACUUGGGAGCUGCAGGCCUGUAAUUCUAAAGGUGUCAUUCUUACUGGAAUGCUGGACACUGAGUCCACCAUGGAGAGUAAUGGGAAUGCAUUUCUUCCUAACCUUCCUGCUCAAGCAGCAGACUGGUCUUUGGACCAAGUUCCUCCACAACCAGUCGCUAACAUAGUGCCGGAGGGUUCAGAUUCUUCUCAGGAUGAGCAGCAGCAAAACCAACAAAUAAACUCCCCGGAACUGGGAUCUGUGGAGAAGGCUGUGGAACAGUUUCAGCUUGCCACUGCUUCUCUUUUCCAAGAGCAGCAUCCACCUCCACCGCCACCUCCUCCACCACCACCACCUACAGAGGAAGCAGACCAAGCAGUGGAAUAUGCGUCUGAGUCUCAGCCAGAGGCUGUUGUUCAGGAUGGAAGUCAAGAUGGUACUGAAGCAUCACAGUUAGAGGAUGGUAUGGAGCUGGAAGAACCAGCCAAAGAAAGUUCACAGGAAGCCUCUGUUCCUACCGAACCAAGCCUACCCUCAGAGUUUGAAAAACUUUAUAAGAUCUGUGAAGACAGCCCAGAAGACUUCAAUGCUUGGGUUGCACUGCUGCAAUAUGUGGAACAAGAAAAUCUUCUUACAGCUGCAAGAAAGUCGUUUGAUGUAUUCUUCCUACGUUAUCCUUACUGCUAUGGCUACUGGAAGAAAUACGCAGAUCUUGAGAAAAAGCAUGGCAAUAUACAGGUUGCAGAAGAGGUGUACAGAAGAGGCUUACAGGCUAUCCCUCUCAGUGUGGACCUUUGGCUUCACUACCUCACUUUUAUAAAAGAAAACUCGGACCCCAAUGACCCAGAGACAGAGGGACGAAUUCGAGCCUCAUAUGAACAUGCAGUGCUUGCAGCAGGCACAGAUUUCCGAUCUGAUCGCCUUUGGGAGUCCUACAUAACCUGGGAAACAGAACAGCAGAAGCUGGCUAAUGUCACCACCAUCUACGAUCGCAUCAUGGGCAUCCCAACACAGUUGUAUUCUCAGCACUUUCAGAGGUUCAAAGAUCACGUGCAGGGCAACCACCCCAAAUACUUUUUGUCAGAAGAGGAGUUUGUUCAGCUUAGACUCGAGCUCUCUAAAUCUUGCCUGUCUGGAAUGGUUGGUGAAGAUGGAGACGCAAACAUUCCUCAGGAGGAGCUGCCACCUGGUACCGAGGACCUUGCAGAUCCUGCUAAGAGGGUGACAGAAAUUGAAAACAUGCGGCACAAGGUGAUUGAGGCUCGGCAGGAAUUGUUCAACCACAACGAGCAUGAAGUCAGCAAGCGCUGGGCCUUUGAAGAAGGGAUUAAGCGACCAUACUUCCACGUCAAAGCCUUGGAGAAGACGCAGCUAAACAACUGGAAGGAGUACCUGGACUUCGAAAUUGAAAAUGGGACGCCAGAGCGAGUGGUGGUUCUCUUUGAACGAUGCCUCAUCGCGUGUGCCCUCUACGAGGAGUUCUGGAUCAAGUAUGCAAAAUAUCUAGAAGGCUUCAGUGUUGAUGGUGCGAGACAUGUGUACAAGAAGGCCUGCUCUAUACAUCUGCUCAAAAAACCUUCCAUCCACCUUCUGUGGGCAGCCUUUGAGGAGCAACAAGGCAACAUGGAAGAGGCUCGUGGAAUCCUGAAGACCUUGGAGGAAACAAUCCCAGGUUUGGCCAUGGUUCGUCUACGGAGAGUCAGUCUGGAGCGUCGCCGCGGCAACUUGGAAGAAGCUGAGGCACUGUUAAAGGAAGCAAUGGAGUCUGCCAACAAUGCCACAGAGUCAUCGUUCUAUGCUGUAAAGUUGGCUAGGCACCUGGUGAAGGUGCAAAGAAGUCUUAGCAAGGCAAAGAAGGUGCUUCUUGAUGCUAUUGAGAAAGACCAGACCAGUUCAAGACUAUACUUAAACCUGCUGGAGCUGGAAUUCAAUGGAGAUGUGACACAGAAUGAGGUGGAGAUCUUGGCUUGUUUUGACCAGGCCCUAAGGAGCCAACUGCCCCUGGAAUCCCGCAUUGUUUUCUCCCAGCGCAAAGUUGAAUUCUUAGAAGAUUUCGGCAGUGACAUCAAUGCGCUUGUGGCUGCAUAUGAGGAACAACAAAAUCUACAGAAAGAAAACGAGUCUUUAAAGAGGAAGGCUGAGAAUGGAUAUGACAGCUCUCAAGAACCUGAUGGAAAGAGGCAGAGAGUAGAUGAUGCUUCUGCCGCUGCAGCAAAUGCAAUGACGGACAUGCAGGCAAACAAUUCUGCAUACAACUACAACUGGUACCAGCAACAGUAUGGUGGUUGGGGACAAAAUUCCUGGGGGCAGUACAACCAGUAUGCCCAGUACAACCAAUACUACCCUCCUCCUCCUACAUGAUGAAAGAUUGAGACACAUCUUUUUCUGUCUUUAAAUCUUGAAGCAGAGCAAAUUACCUGGGUGUCGAGGAGAUUUUAAUUCAGCCGCACACUGAGCAGGAUAACCUUUUUUUGUUUUUUUCCACUACUGUUAUUUACUGUUUGCUAAUAAAACGUCAUGCUACAUCCCUGUGUUAGAACAACUUUGGUUCUCAACGGUAGAAUGUAAAUCAGUUGGUUUUUAAACAGUAAUUAGAUAUAUUGUAUCAAUCUGUUGAUUUAUUAAGUGUUGUUUGAAGGCAAAUUGAUUUUUUUUGUUUUUGUCCUAUACAAGACAAAGGCUUUUUAAUUUUAGAUUGACUGAUUUAGUUUGGUUUUUCUUUGUUAUGGCUAUAAAGUUGUUAGAGAAACAUUUAUGUAUGUUUCUUGAGUCAUGUCUUCUUUCCAUACAGUAAGACAUGUAAAAAUUUCAUGAUAGUUUCCAUGAAGAGCUCCUUGUUUUUUAUUUUGAACUGAUUUCCUAAUAAAGAGAUUGAUAUCCUCAAGA